AACUCGGAUAACGUAAUUGGGAAAUCGAGAGGGCAGCUACAAAUACCCAGGUGCAGCUAUCUAUAGAAACAAAACAAAUUACAGCAUCUAGGAAGAAAGAGUGAAAGAGAGGACCACCUUCCUCUGCUUCUCCCCUGCAGCCAUCGUUCCUCGCUUUCUCUCUUUCGUUUCCAUCUUACUGUAUUCUCUAUAACCAUGGUUCUCUGGGUUUUUGGUUACGGUUCACUGGUAUGGAACCCUGGGUUCGAGUAUGAUGAUAAAAUCAUAGGCUUCAUCAAGGAUUAUAAGCGUGUUUUUGACCUUGCAUGCAUUGAUCAUAGAGGUACACCUGAAAAUCCUGCAAGGACUUGCACCUUGGAACAAAUUGAAGGAGCCGUUUGUUGGGGUGCUGCUUAUUGUGUUCGUGGCAGUCCUGAAAGGGAAAGAGCAGCAAUGGAGUACUUGGAGCGGAGAGAAUGUGAAUAUGAUCAAAAGAACCUAGUUGACUUCUACAAGGAAGCAGAUCCCCUGCAGCCUGCUCUAACAGGAAUUAUUGUUUUCACAUCCACCCCAGACAAAGUUUCAAACAAGUAUUACCUGGGGCCUGCGCCAUUGGAGGAGAUGGCAAUGCAAAUUGCAACUGCUGUUGGACCAUGUGGAAACAACAGAGAUUAUCUUUUUCUGCUGGAGAAGGCCAUGUAUGAUAUAGGUCAUGAGGAUGACAUGGUUAUAGAGCUGGCAAAUGAAGUGAGGAAGGUGCUUGGAACAAUGGGGAAAGGAGUUUCCAAGGAGAAGCAGUUAGCAGGAUCUCCUCGGAAGAAACCACUUAGGUCCCAAACCCAAACUUACUCCCCUUCAACUCAAUUGCUUCUGCUUCCCAAAGCUGUUGCAAUGGACUCCUAGUUUUUCCAUCAACAAUAAAGUCUGAGAGGACGGCGAGAUAACUAGAAGGCCCAACCCUUCUAUUUCUAACCCAAUACAUCUGUCUUAAUCUAAGUACCACGUAGAGAGUUUUUUUUUCCGGAGCGAAAUCUUUAGGGUUUCACCGGUACUGCUGGUUCAGCACUUGCCUGCACCAGGGAUGAUCCUUCAAAAAAGAAACGCAAGUAGCUAGUUGCCUUUUUGUAUCUUUGCUGAAUCUGAACAUCAAGUAUUAGUUUCCAAAUUAAAAUCA